GAGUUGGAUGUAUAAGACUACAUCACACAUCCCAAUGGAGGCGCCAGGCUCAGCCCCACAAACCCGCCUCCCCACCAAACAGGUUGACCUCUUGGGAACCCUACCCGCACGCACACACACGAAAGCAGAGAAGGAACCAAGGGAAGCACGCACACGCUGCAGCAGCACUCCCAAGACCGACGUGGCCAUGGACGGUCAGUGGGUGCACAUCGCCCGGCUGCCCCACCUAGGCGGUUUCUGCCCCGUGGCGCUCACGGAGCGGCUGCUGCGCCAAGGCGCCUACCGCCGCCUUCCGGCGGCGGCCGAUGAGGACGUCGGGCCGCUGCUCCGUACGGUGCAGUACACGGCCGCCGGCGGCCGGCUGCAGCGCCUGGUGGGCACGCGGGCUUCGCCGGUGUUCAGCAUGUCUUACGGCGCUUUCCGCUCCAACUUCCUGGCCCGCCUGCGGGAGGCGGGCGUCUCGGGCAACAUCAAGCCGCACUCGAUGCGCAUUGGUGGCAACAGCGCCGCGGCUGACGCGGGAGUUCCGGCGUCCCUGCGGCAGGUGCACGGCCGCUGGAAGCCCGCCACUAUGGUCGGUCACUACACACGCCCCACCCUCGAGGACACCCUCGGUGUCACCCGCGCUAUGGGCCUCGCUGGAGGAUCGCUCGGCCCUUCCGGCGCCGGCGCCUCCGGCAUCCGUGCUGUUGCCUCGGUGUCGCCGCCGGUUCGCGCGGCCGCCGGCCCUCGGCCCGCCGCCGUGGUUUUGGCGGCGCCGCCGGCUGGCGGCUUGGCCGCUGGCGCGGUGGCGCCUUUGGCGGCGCCCCGGGCGCUGGUGCUUCGUGGCGUGGGCCGCUCGUCUCGCCGGGGCGUCACGCGUGGCGUGCGGGUUGCUCGUGGUGUUCGGCUCGCCGUGUCGGGCCGUCGGCGUUCGAGUUAGCUUGUUGGCUGCGCUUUGGUUGCGGUGGCUCCGUUCUGAGGCUGUGUUGUUGUUUGCUGCUGUUCGGUUUUGUUGCUCGGGUGUGGCGUGUGUUGUCGCGGCGUUCGCCCGCCUUGCGCCGUCUCUGGUCGUCGGGCCUGUGUGCUGCUUUCGGUUCGGUUGUCUUUUGCUUUUUUGUGUUGCUUUCGUUCCGGCGCGUCGGCGUCGCGCGGGCGCUCUUGCGCCCUGGGCUUGUGUGUGUUGGCUCUCGCCGCUUGUAAGGCCCUCCUCCU